AAUUAUCGGAAGACAAUGAAAAAGGGCACCCUGAUCACAUUCUUCUUCAACGCACGAGGCGAGCAACUUCAAAAGUCGACAACAGGGAUGUACCGAUCACUGCUUUUUCAACUCAUCGAGGCCCUUCCUCAACUUCGGACGGCCUUAGACUUCCAUGCUCUAAUGAAACGAAAUACUAGGCUCCGUGAGUGGACCAUCGAGCUCCUCAAGGAGCUGCUCGAAGAGGUAUUCCGGAACCUCAAAGAUGAAUCUGUAACAUGCUUCAUUGACGCGUUGGAUGAAUGCGAUGAAGAUCAGAUCCGGGACAUGGUCUCGUUUUUUGAGAGCGUUAGCGAAAACACCACGGCAAUGGAUAUCGGCUUCCAAGUCUGCUUCUCAAGCAGACAUUACCCUCACAUCACCAUUUCAAAGGCAGCAAGCCUCAUCCUAGAAGGACAGGAAGGGCACAAAGAUGACAUUGUCAAGUAUGUGCUUAGUGAGCUGAGGAUAGGAACCAGCAAGAUAGCCCAACAGGUCCGCCAUGAGCUCCAAGAAAAGGCAUCUGGGGUUUUCAUGUGGGUGGUCCUCGUUGUGGGCAUUCUAAACAAGGAAUACGACGGCGGUCGCCUGCAUCGACUUCGACAAAGACUUCGGGAACUCCCCGGUGACCUCAACACCCUGUUUCGCGACAUCCUCAUCCGCGAUCGUCACUAUCUCCCUGAGAUCGUUAACGAAAACGCCGAUGAAGUCCGUAAAUCAGCGGAGGCAAGGUUGCCUUUUGUGCGAUAUGCGACGCAGCAGGUCUUGUACCAUUCGGACCUAGCAGAAGCAUGAGGAGUCAGCCAGGUUGAUUUUCUGCAAACAUUCGAUCUUGCCAGUUGGACAGCGCUGAGCAAUCUUUUGGAAGAAGAGCACGAAAUCUGGC